CUACAGAGUUAAAUCAGAGUUUGGAGUUUAACUACAGAGUUAAAUCACAGUUUGGAGUUUAACUACAGAGUUAAAUCAGAGUUUGGGGUUUAACUACAGAGUUAAAUCAGAGUUUGGAGUUUAACUACAGAGGUAAAUCAGAGUUUGGGGUUUAACUACGGAGUUAAAUCAGAGUUUGGGGUUUAACUACGGAGUUAAAUCAGAGUUUGACUCCUGCUGCCUCUCCAGAACUAAUACACAGAAUUUUCUGAAACCCCAAAGCAGAUAAAUGGAAUAAAAGAACUCUCUAUUUUGGGGCCUUAAUUUUUUUUCUUUUUUACUAACACCAGUGCUUUUAGAGACAUCGCAUCCAGCAACCUGUUUCUCAGUCCUGUGGGUCUAAUAGUUGCUUCACAAGCCACAAGAAAGUGAGGAUAAACGCAACAAUGGAAAGUACCUCUGCACUGUACUUCAUCCUCUCUGUAUCCCUUCCAUCGGUCUAUAUGGAGCUUUUAUCAUUACGCUUUUAAAAAGUUAGUGAUAGGAAAAUAGAAGAACUACAAAGCCUGGGCCCUUCGUCUAUAUCUUGAGAGUUGUGGGACACUUGGUUCUAUCACCCAGGGUGUGAUGAGGAUUGGCUCACAUGACGUGAGGUGCCCAGCACAGUGCUGUCGCAUACUUCUGAGCACACGGUGCCUGCUUAAUAAACGCUGCAUUCAUAUGUGUGUACACAUUGUUUUCCAGAUGCAGACAGACUCAGACAUUGCUUCCUUCUCCAGCCCUGGAAAACUUUCAAGAGCCAGAAAAUAAUGUAAUCUUUCAGAAUGGAGAUUGACUGUCUCCAUUUGCACCACAAGAACUUGUGUUGUGGUAGGAGGGUUGGGUGUAAGGGCCUGUGCUGGGGCUGCUUUGUUUAGCUGAGUGUUGAUGAUCACAAGUCUUGGGGGAGCAGCAUCACCAUUAGUGGCAGAACUGUUAAAAAAAAUCCAGCCCAUGAACCCCUUUGAAAUCUUCAGGAUCACUUGACUCAGAGUGGGGCCAAAAUUACCAGAAGAUUCAUAUGCACAUUGAAGCUUGAGAAGCAAGGCUUAGCUAAAUGGUUCUCAACCUGGCUUCUAAGUAAAUCACAUGGACAACUCAAGAAAAGGCCCUCACCAUUGCCUUCCCCACAGAUUCUGCCUAUUGGUUUGGGUGGAAGCACCAGUGCUGUUUAAAUCACAUGCCUCAUGGGAUUCUAAGGUGUGGCCAGAAUCAGUGAUGGGGGAUUUCAGAUGCAUUUGUACGAGUUGAGUUCAGCCUUGGUUCCAAAGGAAGGUCACAGGGCCUUCUCUGCCUAGGUUUCAGAGGCCAGCUCGGUGCAGUUUAUGCUUCAGUUGCCAAAGCAGAAUUGCUUUUGUUUAGCAGGGGAGGGAACCUGAGAGCCGGAAGAGAGAAAGUCACAUUUUGAUCUCCAUGUAGAAGUUUACUGUUGCUGAAUCUCUUUUAUAAAGAACAGAAAAGCGUGGACUUUUUCUGUAUUUCUACGUCUUUCCGUUGAUGGGUGUGGUGGUCGCAGGUGAAGGGGUUGUGCUGACACCUUUAAAGGCAUAUUCUCAUGAUGCAGGUGUGAUUUGUCCAGAGAUCUUUCCUAAGAGGAAAUCCCAGAGAAGCAGGAGAAAGAGAAAGAAAUGGCUGGUGCUCAGACACUGUUGACGUUCAGGGAUGUGGCCAUAGAAUUCUCCCUGGAGGAGUGGAAAUGCCUGGACCCUGCUCAGCAGAAUUUGUACAGGGAUGUGAUGUUGGAGAACUACAGAAACUUGUUCUCCAUUGGUCUCACUGUCUCUAAGCCAGGCCUGAUCACCUGCCUGGAGCAAAGAGAAGAGCCCUGGAAUGUGAAGAGACAGGAGGCAGUAGACGGACAUCCAGAGAUGGGAUUUCACCAUGCUACUCAGGUUUGUCUCGAACUCCUGGGCUCAAGCGAUCUGCCCGCCUCAGCCUCCCAAAGUGCUGAGAUUACAGGUGUGAACCACUGUGCCCAGCCUGCCCUCAAGGUUUCUGUGGACAAAUUCACGGCAUUGUGCUCACCGGGGGUGCUGCAAACUCUGAAGUGGUUUUUAGAGUUCAGAUGCAUUUUCUUACUAGCUCUGUCUUCUCAUGUUACCGAAGACCUUUUGCCAGAGCAGGGCAUACAAGAUGCGUUCCCAAAACCAAUACUGAGAGGAUAUGGAAAUUGUGGCCUUGAUAAUUUACAUUUAAGGAAAGACUGGGAAAGUUUAAAUGAGUGUAAGUUGCAAAAAGAUUGUAAUGAACUUAACCAAUGUUCAUCAACUACCCAUAGCAAAAUCUUUCAAUGUAAUAAAUAUGUUAAAAUCUUUAAUAACUUUUCAAAUUUGCAUAGACAUAAUAUAAGUAAUACUGGAGAGAAACCUUUCAAAUGUCAAGAAUGUGGCAAAUCCUUUCAAAUGUUCUCAUUCCUAACUGAACAUCAGAAAAUUCACACUGGAAAAAAAUUCCAAAAAUGUGGAGAAUGUGGCAAAACCUUUAUCCAGUGCUCACACUUUACUGAACAUAAAAACAUUGACACUGGAGAGAAACCUUACAGAUGUCAAGAAUGUGACAAAGUUUUUAAAACUUGCUCAGUCCUUACUAAAAAUAGAAUUUACGCUGGAGGGGAACAUUACAAAUGUGAAGAAUUUGGCAAAGUAUUUAACCAGUACUCCCACCUUACUGAACGUGAGCGUGGUACUGAGGAAAAACCCUGCAAAUAUGAAGAGUGCAGCAGUGUCUUUAUAUCUUGCUCAAGCCUUUCUAAUCAACAGCUGAUUCUUGCUGGAGAGAAGCUCUCCAAAUGUGAAACAUGGUACAAAGGUUUUAACCACAGCCCAAAUCCUUCCAAACAUCAGAGAAAUGAGAUUGGAGGGAAACCUUUCAAAUGUGAGGAAUGUGACAGCAUCUUCAAAUGGUUCUCAGACCUUACUAAACAUAAGAGAAUUCACACUGGUGAGAAACCCUACAAAUGUGAAGAAUGUGGGAAAGCGUAUACGCAGUCCUCACACCUCAGUGAACACAGGAGGAUUCACACCGGAGAGAAACCCUACCAGUGUGAAGAAUGUGGGAAAGUCUUCAGAACUUGCUCAAGCCUUUCUAAUCACAAGAGAACUCAUUCUGAAGAAAAACCCUACACGUGUGAAGAAUGUGGCAACAUCUUUAAGCAGUUAUCAGACCUCACUAAGCAUAAGAAAACCCAUACUGGAGAGAAACCCUACAAAUGUGACGAAUGUGGAAAGAACUUUACCCAGUCCUCAAACCUUAUUGUACAUAAGAGAAUUCAUACUGGAGAGAAACCCUACAAAUGUGAAGAAUGUGGCCGAGUCUUUAUGUGGUUCUCAGAUAUUACCAAACAUAAGAAAACCUAUACUGGAGAGAAACCCUACAAAUGUGAAGAAUGUGGAAAGAACUUUACCCAGUCCUCAAACCUUAUUGUACAUAAGAGAAUUCAUACUGGAGAGAAACCCUACAAGUGUGAAAAGUGUGGCAAAGCCUUCACCCAGUUCUCACACCUCACUGUACAUGAAAGCAUUCAUACUUGAGAAAAAAAAUAAAUAUAAAAAUAGGCAUAGCCUUUAGUAUCUGCUCGCAUCCUACUUUACAUCAGUUUGGACGUAACAAAGUUAUUAUAAAUUUAAUUACUAUUGAAAGACCUUUCAUGAAAUAUAAGUCUCCAGAGCACACAAGAGUAUUUCUUCUGAAAAAAAAUGUUACAAUUAUAUUUUAUACUAGAUGGAAGACUUGCAACAGUUGCUUAAACUUCCAGAGAAUUUGUAGAGAAACCCAACAUAUAUCAUAACUAUGGAAUAACAUUUGUUCAAAAAUGAUAGCUUAGAAAACAUCAGAGUUCAUACUAAAAGAUAUUUUGCAAAUACAGUAAAUGGGAAAAAUAAGCAAAAUUCAAUUUAAGUAAACAUUGGAGGAUUUGAAGAAGAGAGGAAUAGAGCAUGGACACGUUCGGAAAUGACAGUGAAUCCGUGUGUUGAGUCUACAGAGCCAUCUCGACUUGAAAUAGAUCGUUCAUUCUUAUUUAAGUUUAAAAGGAGGAUGAGACUGAGUUUUUGUAGAGGUAUAAUUACAUUCAAAAUACACUUUUUUGCAUUGAAAAAUGUUAAAUUUUUGAAAAACGAAUAUUGAUGUCUUUUAAUCCUCGAAUCAGUUCAUGCUGUGUCUUCAUUUCUGGUGCUGAUGUGAAAACACAUGGUCAGUUGUUGCUGCAUCAGAGAUAUGAGAAAUUCUCUUCUAUUAGGUGUACAUCACUGAUAUACUUGUCCAUGAAAGGUGAAAGACACUGAAAUGUAAGAUGCGUGAGUAAAAUCUUGGUAGAGAGGCUCUUU